GCCUCCCGCCCUGCGUCCUGCAGCCCCAGAUUGCAAUUGCCAUGCUCCGCCGCGGCCUCUCCUCGCUGUCCGCCAAGCCGUCCUGGGUGCGCCCGGGCUCGCACGACUACCUGCGCGAGGUGCUCGAGAGCCGCGUGUACGAUGUGGCCGCCCAGACGCCGCUGCAGCUCGCGCCGGGACUCUCCAAGUGGCUGCCGGGCAACUGCCGCCUCUUCCUCAAGCGCGAGGACAUGCAACCGACCUUCUCGUUCAACCUGCGUGGAGCGUACAACAAGAUCGCCAACCUGACGCAGGCCCAGCGCGAGAAGGGUAUCGUUGCUUGUGCGGCUGGCAACCACUUGGAGGGCGUCGCCUACGCUGCCGCCAAGCUGGACGUGGACGCCAUUGUUAUCGCCCCCGUCGGCACGGCGCAGAACAUUUCCCACUCGACCAAGAGCAAGAUCACGAUCGUGGAGCACGGCGCGGACUUUGAGGCGUCGCUGAAAGAAGCUUUCCGGGUCGCGCAGACUGAGGGCCGAUCGCUCGUGCACCCGUUCGACGACCCGCAUGUGAUCGCUGGCAAUGGCACGAUCGCUAUGGAAAUCCUGAAGGAGACGGCUGGAGAUCGCCCGGCGGCGAUUUUCGCGCCUGUGGGUGGCGGUGGCUUGAUCGCUGGUCUUGCCGCUUAUGUGAAGGAGGUGGCUCCUGACGUUAAAAUUAUUGGUGUGGAGGCCGAAGGCGCCAACCUGCUGGGUGAGUCCCUUAAGAAAGGUUCGCCCGUGACCAUCCCGAGUGUGAACCGAUUUACGGAGGAGGUGGGCAUUCAGACGAUCGGCACUGAGAACUUCCGGCUAUGCAAGGAUUUGGUGGACGAGGUGGUUACUGUGUCGACCGACGAGAUCUGCUCUGCCAUCAAGGACGUGUUUGGCGACACGCGCUCGCUCAUGGAGCCCACCGGUGCCAUCAGUGUGGCUGGUGUCAAGAAGUACGCUCGUGUGAAGAACGCGCAGGAUGAGAAGUACGUGGCUGUGCUGGCUGCCGCCAACAUGGACUUUGACCGGUUGCGCUUCGUCUCGGAGCGUUCGGACGACCGCGAGCGCUUCAUGGCCGUGAAGAUCCCCGAGAAGAUCGGCAGCUUCCAGGAGCUCUACGACGUCAUCUUCCCCCACAACGUGACGGAGUUCACUUACCGCAUGGACUCCGAGGCCGACAACGAGGCGCGCAUCUGCAUGAGCAUCCAGACCAAGACAGAGGACGAGUUCCUCGGCGUCGUCAACGCCAUCAACAACCGCGGCAACAUGCACGCGAUCGAUCUGGCAUCCAACGAGCUGGCCAAGUCGCACCUUCGCCACCUCACCGGCGGACGCCCCGAGCACGUCACGAACGAGCGUCUGUUCCGCUUGGAGUUCCCGGAGCGUCCUGGUGCACUCAAGGACUUCCUCGGCACGCUCAGUCAAUCUGCUCGUCAGUGGAACGUGAGUCUGUUCCACUACCGCAACCACGGCGCGGACAUCGGCCGCGUGCUGGUAGGCUUCCAGGUGCCGCACAAGGACAAUGCCGCGUUCGACGCGUUCCUGGCGCAGGUGGGCUUCCGCUGCGAGGAGGAGACGGGCAACCAGGCAUACAAGCACUUCCUGCAGUAG